UAAGAUUACACUUGAUGAUGAUGACCACGGUGCUGCUCCUUGUAGGGCUACUAAGCUGCCAAACUUUAGCAUUUCACCGGCCACCAGCAGGGCAAAAAUAUGAGGUGAUUUUUCCACGGAAAAUUCAUGCACAGCACAAGAGAGACGUACAGAGUGAGCAUCCAGACCUGGUACAGUAUGGGCUAGAACUGGAGGGAAGACCUUUGAUUCUACACCUUGAAAAGAAUGAAGACUUGAUAUCUGAGAAUUACACUGAGACUCACUACUCACCAGAUGGGACGCCAACAACAAGCAGCCCAACUAUCCAGGAUCACUGCUAUUACCAGGGGCAUGUGGCAAAUGAUACUGAUUCCUGGGCCAGUAUUAGUACAUGCAGAGGGAUAAGAGGGAUGAUCGUGACACAAGGCCGACGAUUCUUGAUUGAGCCCCUAAAGCUGACGGACAGCGAGGCGCAUGCAGUGUACCCGUACGAGGCCCGGCAAGACGUCCCAAUGACAUGCGGCGUGACCAACGAAACGUAUACCGAGGACUCCUACAGCAUGGUAUCUCUGUCCAGCAGCAAUGCUGAGAAACAAGCAUUUCUGACCGCAAAGAAAUACGUUGAGCUCUAUAUAGUGGCAGAUGAUUCCAUGUUCGUAAAAUACAAACGCAAUACUGAAAGUGUCAAAAGGAGAAUAUUUGAGAUUGUCAACUUUGUCAAUGUGGUGUACAAAUCUAUUAAUACCUUUGUGGCACUGACCGGGUUUGAAAUCUGGAGCAGGGGGGAUUUGUUUCAAGUCAAGAGUAACCCGAAUUCUCUUCUGGAUCGAUUCUCAAAUUGGAGGAAAAGUGACCUCCUGCCUCGGAAGCCACAUGACAACGCACAGUUCAUAACGGAUGUAGAUUUUGAUGGUUCUACAGUGGGACUGGCGUUUGUAUCGACAAUGUGCAGCGACACUCAUUCUACGGGAGUGAUCCAGGAUCACAGUCCAGAGUCUAUCGCUGUUGGUGCCACACUUGCUCAUGAAAUGGGACACAACAUUGGGAUGAAUCACGAUGAUGGGUCUUGCACUUGUUCUGCUAGAUCCUGCAUUAUGGAGCCUUCGCUGAGUACAAACACCCCACGUGAUUUCAGUACCUGCAGUCACCGAUUUUACCAGGACUUCAUUCUGAACCGAAUGCCCCUAUGUAUGAAGGACCGACCACGCAAGGAAGACAUACUGGCAACCCCCAUGUGCGGAAAUAAAUUCACUGAGCAGGGGGAAGAAUGUGACUGUGGCACAGAGCAGGAAUGCAGGGAUCUGUGCUGCGACGCCACCACCUGCAGAUUGAAACCAGAAGCUCAGUGUGCAGAAGGAGAAUGUUGUGCGAAUUGUAAAAUUAAACAAGCAGGAGAGGUGUGCCGACCGGCCAAGGAUGACUGUGACCUGGCAGAUAUGUGCGAUGGGACUUCUGCCGCCUGCCCGUCUGAUCGCUUCAGAGUCAAUGGUUUCCCUUGCAGAAACAGUGAGGGGUUCUGCUAUAAUGGAAAAUGUCCGACCUUGGAGAGUCAGUGUGCUGCACUUUGGGGACCUGGCGCUCGGGCAACUGAUUCGUGUUUCAAUAACAAUUUAAGAGGUGUUGUCUAUGGGCACUGUCAGAUAUCUCGGGACAACUUUCUACCAUGUAGUGUUGAAGAUGUAAAAUGUGGGCUACUCUACUGCUCCGGUGGGAAUAAUGAAGCCGCAACAGGUGGAUCGAGGUACACCUUCUCUGAUGGCUGCAAAGCUGUCGUGACUCCUACAGUUAUGGUGGAAAACGGGACAAAAUGCGGAGAUGACAUGAUCUGCUUCAGAGGGAAAUGCACCAGCGUUGAAAAUGCAUACAGGACAGCACAAUGCUUGGCCAAGUGCCCGCAAAAUGCGGUUUGUGACAAUGAGCUAAAGUGUCAGUGUCUAGAAGGCUACGCACCACCAAACUGUGAGCCCAAAUCUAGAAUCAGCUAUGUUGUCAUCAUUAUAUGCGUGGCUUUUGUCGUCAUCUUCAUAGCUUUGAUUCUGCUGACACUUUACAAGAGAGUGCAGCGCAGGAAAAACAGACAUUCUCAAGCUGCAGUGUCCGGCGUGGCAAACCCAAUAUUCAAUAUUCACCAGCAAGCCUAUAUACAGCCAGGCUCACAUGCAGCCACUCCCCAGACUGUUCUGUACAACCCUCCGGCUCCUCCAGCUCAGUCACAGAAGCCUCAAGUAGCUUAUGGGUUCCAGAGACCAAAUUAUUCACCUUACCCUCCACCCUACAAACAGAAUAUUAAUAUUCCUCCACAGGGGUUCCAGAGACCAAAUAAUCCAUCUUACCCUCCACCGGUGUUUACCGCCCCAGCACAGGUGAUCCAGAGACCAGCUAACAUGCCACCUCACCCACCUGCCAACAAGCCAGUGUUUCCUGCCCCACCACCACAGGGGCUGAAACCUCACAUCAGGUAUUAAACUGAACCCAAGAUCAGAAGAGAGUAACGCCCUAUGAGAAUGCUGCUGUGCAAUAAAUAUUUUAUAUAUAUAUACUGUAUAUUUAGUAAUAUUCAUAAAUAAAUCCAUUUAUGAACAUUCCUUUACAGCCAUCGCUCCUAGGUAGUAGACUUUUUCAAAUAUUAACUAAGGCAAACUGGAGCAGUUCCAGGACCAUCCAUGGUCCAUAGCCGCCCAGUUAUCAGUUUUUUGAGAUCACCAUAGAAAUUCUGGAAAGAACUUGUCUCAAGAGACUUUACAUUUUGAAUUGAUUAUCUGUAUACGCCUUUAAUUUAUUUUGUUUUCCAAUGCAUUUGUUUUCUAUGUU